AGAGAGAGGGAGGGAGGGCGAGGGAGAGCUCAAGAAAGAAAGAAAGAAAGAAAGGAAGAAAGAAAGAAGAUGUCGGAAGCAGGGGAGGUCGUGGUGGUUGCUGCUGCUGCGGUGGAGAAGCUGUGUAGGCGAUGCAAGCGCCGCUUCGAUCCCUCCAAAAACACGCCCUCCUCCUGCAGUUUCCACCCUUCCUUCUUCGUUUGCCGACGCCACGACGACCAGAAGAGGUACUACGAGCUUGGACCGGAUGAUCCGCCUUAUGCGGCCAAGUUCUACGACUGCUGCGGCGCCGAGGAUCCAGAUGCCCCAGAUACAUCGCAAUGCCCAUCUGUUCCUUCCCACUGCUUACAGGGAGCAGCUACUUCGCAGACGUAACAAAAACACUGCAUCAGACAUAAACAACUGUCAGAUGUUGCUGAGACUUCUGAAGGGUACCCGUGAAUCAAGGUAUUCAUAAGUCCUCUAUUUUGAGCAUUUUUUUUAUCAGUACACCAAAAUGUACUGAAGAUGCUGUCCUGUGUGCAAUUUAUGAGAGGAUGAUAACUGGCAUUAUCCGCAAGCAAGCAAGCAGUUUAUUUUGGAGCAUAUUCUAAG